AUGUUGGAAAGUGAAAGCCGAUCAGUGAAUUCGUGGGACAGCCUCUCGUUUGAGGAGUCAAUAUCUCCAGGGGUCACCCAUCUUGGCGACAUACCACAGAUCAUUCGGACAUCGCCAGCGUCUUCAGUUGUGGGAAGAAUCAGUUUGGGUGAUCGCCUGGAUGUGUUCAAUGGUGGACAACACAGCUACCUCCGGGUACCGGCACAUUCCGGACGAACUUCGCCAAGCAUCGCUUCGAACACAUCCGAGCCCGAAUCGUGCAUCGACAAUGGACUAUACCAGGACGACGACGACGUCAUUGGCAUGGACGAGUACGACAAUGUGACGUUGAUGUAUGCCAAACAUGAGAAAAUUCCAAUGAAAGAUUUCGGUUCCGAAAUUCGUGCCACCAUGGAUAUUGAUCAUUUACUGAACAAAGCUGUACUUCUACUUGAUCUGCAAGAAACAAGCCUUGAGGAAAUCUUUGCUAAAAUCAUCCAUGAAAUGGACAUACAAGAACCAGAAUUCACUAGCGAACAAGUACGAAGUGUGCUAUUCACUCAGGAUGCAGGAAAUCAAUUUCACAUUCUCAGUCGAACAGUACAAUCCAUCUGUACAACGGGUUCCAUAGGUGGCUCAUUCGACUAUGACCAAACAUGGAUAUGCGCUUUAUGUAUGCUCAACACGGUACAACAUCGUCACGUCGCUAUUGCUCGAUUAUCACAUCCGACAAAUCUCGGCCGAACAAUGCAAGAUCUACGAUUUAUCAUCAUCGUCAUAGCACCAAGUCGAGCGAAAGGCACAAAAACGGCGCUUGAAACUACGAGGACGUUUGCCACACUUUUCGCGGAUAUGGAAAUUCGUCAGCGUUUAGUUAUGGCAUCGACUGUAGAGGCAUUCAGGUCAACACUUUUAUCAGCUGCUAAAGAGCUUGCGAUGGAUCAAAGUCAAUGGCGAGAACGGAAAGCUUCUAUCCACCUCAGUCAGGCCAAGGAACAAAUUUUCGGGCCAAACGCAUGGUAUCCAUUCCGUGGUCUUACCGAAGAGUUCAAACGACGCCUGGCUGUUUAUCCAUCGGAUUUCACCGAUGGCGUCACGGGCCAUCGUACAAUGUCAAAACUAUUCUCUACAGUAGUGUUUCUUUACUUCGCCUGUAUUCUGCCUGCAAUUGCCUUUGGUGUGCUCAACGAUGAUAAUACGAGAGGAGGCAUAAAUGUUCGGAAAGUUGUCAUUGCUCAAGCUAUUGGUGGUAUAUUCUUCUCGCUGUUUGGCGGUCAGCCGAUGAUCAUUCUGCUCACUACCGUUCCCUUAGCUAUAUACAUAAAAGUGAUAUAUAAAAUAUCUGAAGAGCUUGGUUACGAUUUUUUCGCCAUGUACGCGUGUGUUGGCUUAUUUUGUCAAAUGUUUCUUGUACUCUACUCGGCUACUGAGUUAUGCAGUUUGAUGAAACUGGCUACGAGGUCAGCCGAGGAGAUGUUCUCUUUAUUUAUUGCUAUAGCGUUCACUGUAGAAAGUAUGCGGGCCAUACAUUCUAUAUUCAAAAGGAACUACAGCGGAUGCGAUUCCAUGAACACUACCAAUGUAAAUUCGACCUUAAUUAAUGCAACAUCUGAGAUGGAUAAUGGCGCAUUAUGUAGAAGGGAUACGACGAUACUUUAUAUGCUUCUAAUGUUUGGAACGCUUUGGUUGGGACUAUUCCUUUACAAUUUCAGGAAGACUCCAUACCUGACGAGAUCGCGUCGAGAGUGGCUAGCCGACUACGCUUUACCAGCUUCUGUCCUAAUCAUGUCAUUCACUGGAUCUUACUGCUUUGCCGAUAUCGAAAAGGAUCGUUUCAAACUUCGCGAGAAUGUGCCAAUUGUACAUCUAGCUGAUAUCUUCUCAUUGCCACCAUCCGGAUAUUUUGUGUGCCUUCUAUUAGGAUUCUCUUUGUCAUUUUUAUUCUUCAUGGAUCAAAAUAUUACAUCUGCAAUCGUGAAUAACCCGCAAAACAAGCUUAAGAAAGGCUCAACGCAAAACCUGGACCUCUUCGUUGUUGCUCUUCUCAACGUGUUUCUUUCAUUGUUCGGUUUGCCAUGGAUGCAUGGAGCGCUGCCCCACUCGCCGUUACAUCUGCGAGCUCUCGCCGAUGUCGAAGAGAGGGUCUCGCAAGGUCAUGUGCAUGAAGUAAUCAUGAACGUCCGCGAGACACGGUUAGCGACUCUGAUCGCCCACACGUUGAUACUUUUAUCAACGUUCUACCUUAUACCGUAUCCCUUACAACUAAUUCCAACAUCCGUCUUGCAUGGAUUGUUCCUCUACAUGGCAUUGACCUCGCUGUCUGGCAAUGAAAUGUUUGAAAGGUUACUGCUGCUUAUCACCGAACAGCAAGCAUAUCCGCCCACUCACUACAUUCGUAAAGUUCCACAAAGGAAGGUCCAUCUCUUCACCGCAUGUCAAUUACUUCAGCUGAUUAUCUUAUGUGCAUUCGGCUUCUCACCGUAUCCUUUCAUCGAAAUGGUAUUCCCCAUUGUUUGCAUCUUCUUCUUGCCGAUAAGGCAUACACUUAUUCCUCGUAUAAUCGACUACAAAUAUCUUGACGCUCUGGAUGGCCGUCACUAAAUGGCAGCUUUUUCAACGUUUAUAAUCUGCACCGUUCGACAGCUUUAUUUACGAUAUCUCUAGGCGAAACGAUUCCUAGUGGGAGGACGCAACGCUCCUUCACUCCUUUUUCUUCCCAAUUAGCAAUGAUGAAGAUCUGAAGUUUCAAUUUUGUUUAGCAUUUAGGUCUACUUUACUCACAUUCUAUUGUAUAAGUUUUUGCCAUAUUCCGGCGCCUCAGUCGCGAAACUCAGUGUGUGUUCGUAACGAUUUGUUGCAAUGUAUGCCACUUUCCUCAUCGAUUCGGGUUUAAGUAGCAUAGAUAUUCAUUCAGAUACGGAGGCGGUAAAGCAUUUUGCCAUAACCUUUGCAUAGGCGUUUCAUAUACUACUUGUCUUACAUCCGGUAGCUUUAUUUAGUCCAACAUCAUCACAUGAUAACUACUAUAUAUGUGAUACUUAAUAGGUCAUCAUUCUAUCUUGAAUUGAGAUGAUGUCAUCAUUCAUUGGUUGUAAAAGACGCUUGAGACCAUUCUGUCUAAGUCUAUAACUUUUGGUCAGAACAAUCUCGUGCAGCAUUCGAGACUGUUGAACAUAAAUAGUACUCGUGAUGGACUGAAUGAUGACUUCUUCUGAUGAGUGACAGAAUUGUAACUCUGCCUUUUCAC